GGGGGUGGAGGGGUAGGAGGAGGGGCUGGCUACUGAGGAGACCCCACGGCCAUGGCUGCAGCCACUCGUGCCCGGGUCGCGCACUUGUUGAGGCAACUGCAGCGAGCAGCAUGCCAGUGCCCUACUCAUUCUCAUACUUACUCCCAAGCUCUUGGACUUGCACCUUCUGGGAAAACAACAGAUUAUGCCUUUGAGAUGGCCGUUUCAAAUAUUAGAUAUGGAGCAGGAGUUACAAAGGAAGUGGGAAUGGACCUACAAAAUAUGGGUGCUAAAAAUGUUUGUUUGAUGACAGACAAGAACCUCUCCCAGCUCCCUCCUGUACAAGUGGUUAUGGAUUCCCUAGUGAAGAAUGGCAUAAAUUUUAAGAUGUAUGAUAAUGUGAGAGUGGAACCAACUGAUAGAAGCUUCAUGGAAGCUAUUGAGUUUGCCAAAAAGGGAGUGUUUGAUGCCUACGUUGCUGUCGGUGGUGGCUCCACCAUGGACACCUGUAAAGCUGCUAAUCUGUAUGCAUCUAGCCCUCACUCUGAUUUCCUAGAUUAUGUCAAUGCCCCCAUUGGGAUGGGAAAGCCUGUGUCUGUGCCUCUUAAGCCUCUGAUUGCAGUCCCAACCACCUCAGGAACUGGGAGUGAAACUACAGGAGUCGCCAUCUUUGACUAUGAACACUUGAAAGUAAAAACUGGUAUUGCUUCCAGAGCCAUCAAACCCACGCUGGGACUGAUUGAUCCUUUGCACACUCUGCACAUGCCUGACCGGGUGGUCGCCAACAGUGGCUUCGAUGUGCUUUGCCAUGCCCUGGAGUCCUACACUGCCCUUCCCUACCACAUGCGGAGCCCCUGCCCUUCAAAUCCCAUCACCCGGCCAGCAUACCAGGGCAGCAACCCAGUCAGUGACAUUUGGGCUGUCCAUGCACUACGGAUCGUCGCUAAGUAUCUGAAGAGGGCUGUCAGAAAUCCUGAUGAUCUUGAAGCAAGGUCGAAUAUGCACUUGGCAAGUGCUUUUGCUGGCAUUGGCUUUGGAAAUGCUGGUGUUCAUCUGUGCCAUGGAAUGUCCUACCCAAUUUCAGGCUUAGUGAAGACAUACAAAGCAAAAGAUUAUAAUGUGGAUCACCCACUGGUGCCUCAUGGCCUUUCUGUGGUACUCACCUCCCCAGCAGUGUUCACUUUCACAGCACAGAUGUCUCCUGAACGGCACCUGGAAACGGCAGAAAUAUUGGGAGCUGACACCCGCACUGCCAGGAUCCCAGACGCUGGGCCUAUUUUGGCAGACACGCUCCGGAAAUUCUUAUUCGAUCUGGAUGUUGAUGAUGGCCUAGCUGCCAUUGGUUACUCCAAGGCUGAUAUCCCUGCAUUAGUGAAAGGAACCCUGCCCCAGGAAAGGGUCACCAAGCUUGCACCACGCCCUCAGUCAGAAGAGGACCUGUCUGCUCUGUUUGAAGCUUCAAUGAAACUGUAUUAAUUUUCAUUCUCACUGAAAGAAUAACCACUGGCCAUCACAGUCCUGACAACAGAAGCCAAGCUAGCCAGAACUUUGUCUUUUUAUUUCCACACAUGACAUACCUGUUACCAAUCUGAAUGUGAUAAUAAGUUUCUCCUGCAGAAGAUUCCCUAAUGCUCAAAGUCAAACUACUUCUGUAAACGGUGGAAGAAUGCCCACUAUGUUGGACCUUGGGCUAGACAUCAGCAUUCAUGUUCCUGCCCCAAACCACACAGAUUUCAACUGCUCUAUUUAUAAAAUGGGCAAAAGCUCAGUAUCUAUCAAAAACAUAAACGCACAUAUCCCGUGCCCAGUAAUCCCUAGUCUAGAAAUUGAGCCUAUAGAAAUAUGAGCACAAGUGUGUUAAGGAAGAUGGCAAGGAUGUUUCUGGCAGCACUCUAAUAAAAAAUCUGAAAGAACCUAAAUAUUCAUUAAUAGUAUACAGAUAAAUAAAUCAGAGUAUAUUAAGUAAUGGAAUAUUAUAGUGCUAUCAAUAAGAAUGAGAUAAACAUAUUGGAAAUAUGCCCAUGAUAUACUGCUAAGUUGGAAAAAAGCAGAACAAUUAAAUAUUUGCAUGGUCUGAUUUUUACUUUUUAAUUAUACAUAAGUAUUUGUCUAUAUAUAGGAAGAAGAAUGAUACACAUCAAAAUAACAAAAGUUAUCACUAGAGAAAUAGAAUUUGGGGUACAGAAAAUUAAGAGAAAAUAUUCACCUUAUAUUUUAUACUUCCCCUUUUUAUUUUAUAAACAUCUGUAUUGUUUGGAUUUGUUAUAAGCACAUAUUUUCUCAUUUUAAAAGGACCAGAGAAAAGAGAGAAAUAUCAUUUUAUUGUUUUAGGUCAGAUUCAUCUUAAUUUAUGAAAAUACUAGUAACUAAUACUUAAAGAUUAAAGCAGAUCUAAAGAGGUAAAAUAUGAGAGACUGAUCCUGUGGUAAAUAAACAAAUUGUUCUUUGGAGAAAAACACUAACACCCUACAUGGUAAUUCCCUCUUUGGAAAAAUGUUUUUGGUGCUCAGAAUAAAUUAAUUCAAAAGCAAGCAGUGUUGUAGUUAAUAGACUUCAGCCUUGCCAGUAGAAUCUAAGUAGCAUGAUCAUUUGCCUCUCUGUCAAUCCCAGCCUACAGAAACUUCUACGGCUCAUUUUGCCUCACAAAGGUAACCACACUGAUGUUUUUUGCCUGCUCAAGUCUUUGGCAGUCUGGAUCUCAGUGCCCUUGUGGAUUUAUUUGUGUUUUAAGCUGAAUUAAAGUUUUAAUCAAAUAAGUAAUGCUAUAUAUAAUUACAUCAGGAUUUUUAAAAAUGGAAAAGAAGUGCAUUACUGUGCCAUUCAGCCUGACCAGGCCCACUUUAUCUGUAUAAAAGUCUUUAUGUCCUUGAGAUCUUUUAAAUAACAUUGAAAUAAUGUUUCUAGAGUUUUCUCUAAUUAUAAACAUAAAAUACAUUUAGUACCCAAAACUGGUAAACACAAAAGAAAAUAUUUGUUAAUAUUGAACCAUCCAAAAGAUAGCCACUGUUAAAAAUUUGGUAGAUGUUUUUUAUUAUAUAUAUUAUAUGUGUGCAUAUAUUUUUGACUUAGAAAUGGUAUCAUUAAGAUAUAGUUUUAAUUCCUAUAGGACAUUCAAAUUUAUAUCAAGUGCUCUAAAGGCAAGCAUAGGACAGUGCCAACAGAAUUUCAGUUAUACCUUGCAGACCACAUCUAGCUAAAAUUCCCUCCAUUUCAAGAGCAUCAUGGAUUCUGAAAGCAGAAGCUGUGUGAACGAGGCAGAAUACAGCUAAAUUCUCUGCCAACCUGAAAUCCUUCAGGAAACUUUAGUAAAAGUUGUUAAUGUCUCAAAAUACAUUUGGCAGAGAAAAAACAUAUAUGUGUCUCCCCACCAACCCAACCCCCCCCCCCAAAAAAAGUCCAGGUAAGUUCUAGAACUCUUACAUUCUUCAAAGUGAUGUGGUAUCAUUAGAACAGCAUUAGGCUAGGGGUCAAAGGCCCUAGGUUCCACUCCAGUCCCUUGGUCUGUCUUGAGUUUUACUUUAUUCAACCUAGGCCUCUUCCAGCUUGAAUAUGCUACGACUAGAUUUUAUGUAUUACCUAAUCCUUAAUGUGAAAUUUUGAGUUUGGGAAAUUUAAUGUAAAAUAGUGUGAGACGUAAAAAUGAAUUCUCUAUCUCUUAAACGUUCUCUGCCUUUACUAUCAGUAGCCAGAUGUCUAAAUGUGACUCACCAGAAGUGUUUGGUAUUCACAGUGAUGAUCACUCUGUAGAGGAAGGAUUUAAAGGUCAAGCAUGAAGAAACAGAUUGAGGAAGGCUUCAUGUUUUUUAUCUUUAUACCCAUCGUGCUGGUCCUUACACUUUGAGAAUAUGGAAAAGAUGUGUUUCUUGACUUACUGGCUAUUAAAAGAGUCUGAGAUAAGAAAGUCAGCCCAUUUCUGUAAACCAAACACUCUAAUGUUUCUGAGACAACAAUUAAGUGCAUCUUUCUAAUUCAAAUCCUAUUUUGUUAUUGAUUACCUUUAAAAGACCAAAAGUUGUUAGGGGUUAUAGCUCUAUUUAUUUGGAUUCAUUUACUUGCUAAGGCAAGAAAAAUUAAAAGAAUAUUAUUCAAAAGUUUGUAUAAUAUCACUUUCAGUCAACUAUCAUAUAUGGUGGAAUUUUCACUUAAAAUCCUUGCGCUUCCCUAUGCUACAGAACACUAAUUUGUUUCAAGUACAUCAUGUUUAUCCUUUUUGUCAAGGGUCACAAUAAACAGACUAUUCGGUUU